CCCACGAGCAGCCCUUCUCGCGGCCCAAAGACGCAUACAAUGCCCCCUCUCGUACGGCGCUCGCCCAAGACCGCCCUCCCCACCCUCCUCUCCCUCUCCAAGCUCGUCGGUCUCGUCCCCCGUGCCGCCCAGCGAUGGUCUGCAGCCUCCGGCAACGCGCCAAUCGAGCCCGAAGAUCCUCCCGACAGCCCCGUAUUCUGGUGGAAGCUCGGUCUUAGUGCAGUGCUUGUGCUUGCUGGCGGUUGCUUUGCUGGGUGAGCUACCUGCUGCAGGCUGUCACAGGAUCGCACUGACGCCCGACAGACUGACUCUUGCCCUGAUGGGAUCUGACGACCUUAAUCUCCGAGUCCUCUCUACUUCUUCAACUGACCCGAAGGAGAGGCAGGCCGCCAACAAGGUGCUGCGGCUACUCUCCCGCGGUCGUCACUGGGUCUUGGUCGUGCUGCUGUUGAGUAACGUCAUUGUCAACGAAUCUCUUCCCAUCUUCCUGGAUGAUGUCCUCGGUGGUGGAUUGUAUGCGGUCAUUGUUUCUACUACUAUGAUUGUCAUCUUUGGCGAGAUCAUUCCACAAGCAGUAUGCGUUCGUUAUGGGCUUUUCAUUGGAGGUACCUGCGCACCUGUGGUUUGGGCUUUCAUGAUCCUCUUUGCGCCCAUCGCUUGGCCCACAGCGAAGCUGCUAGACUAUGUUCUUGGCACAGACGAGGGUCACACCUACAAGAAGGCAGAGCUCAAGAGCUUCUUGCAAUUCCAUCGUGAGGGCGAAGAACCCCUACGAGAUGACGAGAUUGCCAUUUUGAACGGUGUUCUUUCUCUAAACGACAAGCAUGCCAGCGAGAUCAUGACCCCGAUGAAAGACUGCCUGAUUCUCCCCGCCAAUCGAGUCCUGGAUCACGAAGCGAUCGACGAAAUUCUACUCUCUGGCUUCUCCCGUAUUCCCGUGCAUGAGCCAGGUCAGAAGGACAACUUCGUUGGGAUGCUUCUGGUAAAAAAGCUUGUCUCCUACAACCCCGAAGACGAAUGGCCCGUCUCCAAGUUCCAGCUUCUCCCUUUACCCGAAGCCAGUCCCAACAUCAACUGUUUCCAAGCCUUGGACUACUUCCAAACCGGCCGCGCCCACUUGCUCUUGAUCAGCGACACCCCUGGACAGAAAGGAGGCGCGUUGGGCAUUGUCAGUCUCGAGGAUCUGAUUGAGGAGAUCAUUGGCGAAGAAAUCGUCGACGAGACUGACAGAUAUGAAGACAACCAUUCCAAGAAGGCCGUCAAGCGUGCUGGCACUGCUGCCGUCAUGCGUGGCAUCAUCGAACGCCGUCGAGUCCUCAACGCCUUCAGCCGAGCUCCCUCUCGUGGAGAGCCUCAAACACCCCAAGUCCCCCCUGGCGGCCCUUCCUCCUCGGAUGGCAUAUUGGUACAGAUCAACGACGGAGCGCUAGUGGCCGAGCCCGUCGGCUUGUCCGAAAACGGCGCAAAUGCUUCCGUGGAUCCUUCAAAGAGGCUGGUCAUAAGCACUCCCGCAAGUGGUCACAUGAGUCCUAUCACUGAGGGCUCCAGCCCUGAUGCUGUCAUUCCGGAGCUCGCGAAAAGCCUUCUGAAGGCGGAAGAGAAUGCUCAGGCGAACGGGAAGGGAAAUGGGGCGCGCGUUACGGAGACUUUGGACGAACGCGGACAGAAAGAGAUGUUUCCCGAUCAUAGAGCCUUCGAGAAAGCGUGUAGAGCGAUGGUCAGCAAAUAUCAACACAUGACCGGCACUCUCGGCCCGCAACGGACUAAUAGAGGAUGGCAUUGGAAAGAGCACAAAUGGGUGCCCAACCAAGGCUAUCUCUAUCGACAUCUCACUCGCUAUGUUUCCCCGUCCAGUCUGUCGUCUGAGUCUCAGCCACUCGCUACGGAUUCUACCAGCGAGCGAGACUUGGAGGAAGAAGACAUGGAAGAAGCGGAUGACACUGCUCUUCUGGCCGGCGAAGACGACAAGCCUGUUAAGGUCGAUAUCGAGCAACAUAUCGUUUUUUCGGCCACUUACAGGGUACCGAUGUAUUGUUUCCGAGCAUGGGACGAGACGGGGGCUCCUCUCUCCAUUGCUUCUCUUCUCAGACUUGAUAUUCUCCACCCCGACACUCCGGCUGCACCGUUACAGUUUGGCGAAUACGGUGCUGCUCUUGACACUCUGAUGCUUCCUCCAGACCCUUCCUCUCCAAUGGCAGACGAACAGGGUCAACAACCUUUUCCCCUCGUUCAGUCUACAGAGCAUCCCACAACUGGGCAGCUGGUCUUCAGUAUACAUCCUUGCAAAGUUGGUGGCGCUGUUGAUGAGGUACUCGCGGCAGAGUGUAAAGAUCAAUGUGGUGAUGGUGGGCCAUUGGCGUGGCUUGAAGUGUGGAUGAUGCUGACAGGAAAGGUCGCCGACUUGAGGUGUACAUAAAACAACAGUUCAGCUCCAAAGUAGCAUGUCCAUAGCAUGAUGUUUCAUAGUGUUCAUUAGCAUUGCGUGUAUCAGGAAAGCUCCCAAAGCAGUCCAAAUGUAUAAAUGUUGCAUUGAUCUUGCUCAUCCAUACAUACUACAAAGACGCACAUCUAUAGUCUUGCUUGACUUGGUCGAGGCUACAUGCUAGAGGCUGCAUGACCGUCAGUCAGAUAAAUGGUAUUGCUAGGUGAAAAUACUCACCUGAGACCUCGCAUUAUAGCGUA